AUGUCAUCGACCGAGGUACAAGCGACCACGGACCUACCGUCGGGCGACCCGGUGCCCUCGUCAUCGGCACCCUCGCCGUCGACACCGCCGAAGCCGCUGCCGCUGCGGGCGCUGCUCGAGGCGGCGCCGUCCAACGUGGACGCCUUCCUCGCGCACCUGCAGCGCUGCCUCAGCACCCCCUCGGGCAUCGACACGGUCCUGCUGUUCCUGUGCUACUCGUCGCGCCUCUCGUCGGCCGCCCUCGAGCUCCUCACCCGCCCCGCCCUCAAGCGCGGCGCCGACCGGCUCCUCGCCAUCGCCUCGGCCCUGCCCCCGAGCACCACGAUCCUCUUCACCUCCACAAAGGCCCUGUUCCCGUCGCCCGGCGCCGCCAUACUCCUCGAGCUCAGCCAGAGGCUCAAGACGUUUAGUGCUCUCCUCAGCGAGACGCGCACCUUUUUGCGGUUGUGGGGGUUGCUGGGCAUGUACUUUUGGGGCCGAGGCCUGGUCCUACGACUACGGGAAGCGAGGAAAGCAGCAGCAUCAUCGGCAACAGGCGACGAAAAGGCUUCGGCCGCCGCCAAGAUUGACAAGCUCGAAGUCUCCCUCGCCGCGUCGCAGCUCGUCGCCUGCGUCAUCUUCCAAGCCCUCGAAAACGGCGGCUACCUGGCGCAGAAGAGCGUGCUAAAGUGGCAGCCGGCCACCAUUGGCAAGGCCUACCGGUGGAGCGCCCGGUUCUGGGGCGCCUUUGUCGGGCUCAAGCUGGCCGAGCUGUUCCUGGACCGCUACCGCCGCGCCAGCGUGCCCAAGCGCCAGCGCAUGGGCGACAAGACGGUCGCCGUCUUUGAGCGCGAGGAGGCCGAGUGGAGCACCGAGUGGCGCAAGCUCGUCGGCAGGAACAUGGCCUGGUUCCCCCUCACGCUGCACUGGAGUCUGGAACAGGGUCUGUUCAAUGAGCUGACGAUUGGCGCGCUGGCAAGUAUCCCCGGAGUCAUUCAGAUGCGGGAUUUGUGGAGGAGGACAAGCGAAUGA